CAGCUUUAACUGACCUGGCGCACAUCUGUUUGUUAUUAUUUACAGCCGAUUCGGCUUGCGCCUUUUAUUUUUUGGUUGGGGGGAAAAACGCGCAACGUGGACUUAGAAUAGAGAACAGAAUAGAGUAGCACAGAGCAUAGCUCACACCGAACACCUGCUGGCCCCAAAAACACCUGUGCCCCGCCUCCCGUUUCCCGCCCACCGUCGCGCCAUCAAGUGUUUCCCAUUUCAGUUCUCGAGAGGGUUUUUACCAAGACGACAGCAUUUGAUCUGGUGAUCUGGCAAACUGGCAAAUUGAGCGUACACAUAUAAUAAACCAUACAAAUCCAGUGAUAGCGAUCGAUGAGCGAGGCGAAGAUGAACGGACGCUCCAUACGAAUCAACCGGGUGCCGGCCACCAUUGUGGCCAUCCUGCUGACCAUCGUCCUGGUUUACUUCCUCAACUUCCACCAGGAGGAGCGACCCGCCAUCUAUGGGAUGCUGAGAAGCGAGAAUCCCAGUCGGGUCAAUCUCCGCAAGAUGCUGAUUGCCGCGAUACAGGCCGCCCAGCGUGGCGGAUUGGAGGUCUUGGAUGUGGCCAGAAGUCGCCAGCUGAAGGAGCGGAGCAAAGGGAAGACGGACGAGGGCGUCAAUGAUCCCUUUACGGACGCCGAUGGCCGGUCGCAUUGUGUGAUGAAGCAGGGCCUGCAGCGCAUUUUCCCGCUCGUCCAGAUCUUCUCCGAGGAGGACAAGGAGCACUGCAAGCAGGCGCACAGCUACGACCUGGAUCCCACGGUCCUCCACGAAACCGCCCAGGUUCCCGAUGUGGCUGUGAAUGCGCGGGAUGUCACCGUUUGGGUGGAUCCGCUGGAUGCCACGAAGGAAUUUACCGAGGAGCUGUACGAGUACGUGACGACCAUGGUGUGCGUGGCGGUGGCCGGAAGACCCAUCAUCGGGGUGAUCCACAGUCCAUUCAAUGGCCAGACGGCCUGGGCGUGGGUGGGCAACUCGAUGUCGGAGUACCUGGCCACUCUACAUCCGCAGCAUGCGCCGGACAACCAGGCGCCCAUCAUCACAGUGUCGCGAUCCCACACGGCGGGAGCCAAGGAUCUGGCCAGGGGCAUCUUUGGCGAGGAUGUCAGCCUGCUGACGGCGGCGGGAGCUGGCUACAAGGUGCUCCAGGUGGUGGCCAACAAUGCCACCGCCUAUUUGCACACCUCCAAGAUCAAGAAGUGGGACAUCUGCGCCGGCGAUGCCAUUCUGCACGCACUGGGCGGCACAAUGACCACGCUGAAUGACCAGUUGAUUAACUAUGGCCCCGAGGAAUCGCCCGUCAAUACGGAGGGUCUGCUGGCCACUCUGGAGCGGCACGACGAGUACAUGGACAAGUUGUCCAAGUAUCGGACGGCGCACAAUGGCAAGCUGGCGUAGGGGUUAGCCAGACCCCUUGCUCCCUUCCAGAGGAAAUCCCCUGCCUCCCACUGAUCGUUUGGGCAGCAUUCAAAAAUAGCUCUAAGUUCUAAAGAAGGAAACCUGUUUUUUCGUAAUCUCAAUAUAUGUUUGUGUGUGCUUUUUUUGCUGUGCGGCGGGGUCAUGAACCCGGACCAAACCAAACCGCCAAGUUGGCUCAAAAAAUAAACCUAUUUUAAUUUGAA